UGGGACGGGACGCCACGAGGAGAUCCCAGGACUGUCUGUGACUUAUCUGGGAAAUGUUCCUAAUGCCAAGGGAUGGGGUCUUUCCAACUCAGACCCCCCCCUCCCCAAGGAAGAGUGGGGAGGGGGGGGAAAAACCCCUCUGUACCCUCCCCCGCUUCCCUCCUGGCCAACCCAGCCCCCUCCCCUCCCGCCAUUGGGGUUGCACUUGGCACAGAUUUGGGGUGGGGUGGGGUGCAAUGACCCCUCCCAUCCCUGUCCUGGCCGGCAUCCCGUGGAAGUUACUUGCCUGCGACAAGCAGCCCAGCCCAGCCCAGCCCAGCCCGGGAGGGGAGGCGGAGUCCCAGCCCAGCUGGCAGGCUGCUGUCUCACUCGCUACCCUCGCCCGCCUGCCCAUUUGCAGCUCCUGGCAUCGCUCGCAGGACCACCCCCACCUUCCUCCCCAAUGGACGCCCUUCCGGAGCCCCUCCUGGUGCGGAUCCUGGCCGGCCUGCCCGCCCUCGACUUGGUGCUGGUGUGCCGCUUGGUUUGCUCCCAGUGGAAGGCGCUGGUGGACGGAGGGGCCCUCUGGCUGCUGAAAUGCCAGGAGGAGGGCUUCGCGGGCAAGGACGUGGACGAGGAAGGCGCAGAGAGCUGGCAAACCCUCUAUUUUCUCCAUAAGAAGAAGCGGAAUUUGGUCAAGAACCCAAACGGAGAAGAGGGUCUCCAGCAUUGGGAGGAUGUGCAAAACGGGGGCGACGGCUGGAAAGUGGAAGAGCUGCCGGGCGAUUUCGGAAAAGAUUUCCCCAAGGAGGAAGUCCACACCUAUUUCGUCUCCUCUUUUGACUGGUGCAGCAAAUCCCAAAUAAUUGACCUGCAAGCUGAAGGCUACUGGGAGGAACUGAUGGACACCACCCAGCCCAAAAUCGUAGUGAAGGACUGGUGAGUGGCCAGGAGUCCCCAAGCCCCCCCCGUUCUUCCCUGGGGUCACCCCUUGCCUCCCAAUUCCUCUUCCUCAAUUCCUACCCUCAAAAUGACUAGACACAAGGACAGUUUUUUUCCCCAAACGCCAUCACUCUGCUAAACAAAUAAUUCCCUUAACACUGUCAAACUAUUCACUAAGUCUGCACUACUAUUAAUCUUCUCAUCGUUCCCACCACCCAUCUCCUCCCACUUAUGACUGCAUGACUGUAACCUUGUUGCUGGUAUUCUUACAAUUUAUAUUUAUAUUGAUUGUUUCCUGAUUGCUUAUUUGUA